CGCUCCCACGCCGCGCCGCGACCUACCCUGCCCUGAUUCCCCCUCCGAAUCCGCGUCUCGGGGUUCGGACCAGCCACCCGGCGGAGGCGGAGAGGCCCACCGACCGGACCGCCGCCGGCAGAGGCACGGCGUCCAUGGAGUCGCGCGCCAUCCUCCACGCCAGGCCCGCCGCACUCCCUCCCCGCGCCGGCCUGCGCCUCGCGCUCCCGCGCCCGCGCGCCGCCUCCCUCUCCGCCGCCGCGGCUGAUACGCCCGCCGCCCUCCACCCCCCGCUCCUCGCGUCCAGGGGCCCCUUCCUCCCGCGACGCGAUGCGGUCCUGGGUCACGGGUUCCUGAAGAGGAGGGCCGGCGCUGCUGGGAGCGGUGGCGCGCCGCAGGCCGCGGCGGCGGCCGCGGCCGUGCCGGCGCCGCAGCCGGAGGAGGCCGCCAACAAGUUCCUCGGCGUCGACGUCAAGACGCUCAAGAAGAUCGUGCCACUGGGCCUCAUGUUCUUCUGCAUCCUCUUCAACUACACCAUCCUGCGGGACACCAAGGACGUGCUCGUCGUCACCGCCAAGGGGAGCAGCGCCGAGAUCAUCCCCUUCCUCAAGACAUGGGUCAACCUGCCCAUGGCCAUCGGCUUCAUGCUGCUCUACACCAAGCUAUCCAACGUCCUCUCCAGGGAGGCGCUCUUCUACACCGUCAUCUUCCCCUUCAUCGCCUUCUUCGGCGCAUUCGCCUUCGUGCUCUACCCGCUCAGGGAUGCCAUCCAUCCCACCGCGCUCGCGGACAAGCUUCUGGCCGCCCUCGGCCCGAGCUUCCUUGGCCCCGUGGCGAUAUUGAGGAUUUGGAGCUUCUGCCUGUUCUAUGUCAUGGCCGAGCUCUGGGGCAGCGUCGUCAUCUCGGUCCUCUUCUGGGGAUUCGCCAAUCAGAUUACGACAGUUGAUGAAGCAAAAGAAUUCUACCCUUUAUUUGGUCUUGGGGCUAAUAUUGCCCUUAUCUUCUCUGGCCGUACUGUGAAGUAUUUCUCAAAUUUGCGCAAGACAUUAGGUCCUGGAAUUGAUGGUUGGGAGGUAUCUUUGAAAGGAAUGAUGAGCAUAGUGGUACUUCUUGGACUUGUGAUAAGUUCAAUCUAUUGGGGAGUGAACAAGUUUGUUUUGAAUGAUCCUUCACUUCCAAAGUCUGAUCGUAAGAAGAAAAAGGAAAAGCCUAAGCUUGGCAUGAAAGAGAGUCUGAAGGUUCUGCUCUCCUCGAGGUAUGUGAGGGAUCUAGCUACCUUAGUGGUUGCUUAUGGCAUUAGUAUCAAUCUUGUAGAAGUUACAUGGAAAUCAAAACUCAAGGCACAGUUCCCCAGUCCAAAUGAAUACUCAUCUUUCAUGGGUGAUUUCUCGACCGCAACUGGAAUUGCAACUUUCACAAUGAUGCUGUUGGGCCGAUUUAUACUCCGAAAAUUUGGCUGGGGCGUGGCUGCAAUGAUAACCCCCACAGUUCUGCUGCUGACUGGUGUUGGUUUCUUCUCUCUGAUUUUGUUUGGACAGCCACUGACUCCUAUGCUUGCCACGAUGGGUAUGACCCCCCUACUGGCAGCCGUUUAUGUGGGUGCCAUGCAGAAUAUAUUUAGCAAGAGUGAAAAGUACAGUUUAUUUGAUCCGUGCAAGGAAAUGGCUUAUAUUCCUUUGGAUGAAGAUAUGAAGGUUAAAGGAAAAGCGGCCAUUGAUGUUGUUUGCAACCCACUGGGCAAGUCCGGUGGUGCACUGAUCCAACAAUUCAUGAUCCUGACAUUCGGUUCCUUGGCAAACUCAACUCCGUACCUCGGCGGCAUACUGCUGGUCAUUGUUCUCGCGUGGCUAGGCGCGGCAAACUCAUUGGACAAGCAAUUCUCGAGCUUGGCCAAGGAAGACCUUAAGAAGGAGAAGGCUGCCCAAGAGAAAGUGGAACCCUCUCUGCUCAAGGCACCUGCAGAGGGCACUGACGUACUGGUGGAGCAAACAAAUGGAUCUCUAAAGGGCGAAACAGAGAGCUCGCCAUCGAACUCCUCGCCGAUUCAAUAGCUUCAUUGUGAUAAGCCGUAGGUAGGAGUGAUCACAGGGAGCUGAAAUAAGGUAUAUCAAAUAAUCCAUGAUUCUCAAGUUUGUACCAGUCAGCAGCUUCGAGCUGGCAGCAGCAAGUUUUCUUUGUAACGUGAGCAAAUUUUGGCAACCGGUGAUGAAUGCUGUUCUGGAGAUGCCGCCCUUUGUGCAAAUGUCAAAUGCAUAAAUUUCUUGUGCGUCACAAAA